AUGUCCAGUAAACAAGCUAAAUCGUCCAGCGGUCAAACCGACAUGGCAAGGGAUUAUGAGGUAGAUCGACAAGCUAAAUCUGAAGAAACUGUAUAUACUACAUCGAACGGAUGUCCUGUUCCUCACCCAUAUGCGACCCAAAGGGCUGGAGUGAAUGGACCGUUACUUUUACAAGAUUUCCAUUUGAUCGACUUACUCUCCCAUUUCGAUCGAGAGAGAAUCCCAGAAAGAGUAGUCCAUGCCAAGGGAAGUGGUGCACAUGGUAUCUGGGAGUGUACCGAUGGGUUGGAGGAUCUUUGUAUGGCAGAUAUGUUCAAAAAGGGAGCUGAAUGUCCCUUGACUAUCCGUUUCUCAACUGUUGGAGGUGAAUCGGGAUCUUCAGAUCUUGCCAGAGAUCCUCGUGGUUUCUCGAUCAAGUUCAAGACCGGAGAAGGAAACUGGGAUUUCGUAGCCAACAAUACACCCGUGUUCUUUUUGAGAGACCCGGCAAAAUUCCCACAUUUCAUUCACACUCAAAAGAGACAUCCCGCAACUCAUUUGAGCGGCGCAGAUGAUUCCACCAUGUUCUGGGAUUACUUGAGUCAAAACCCAGAGUCCAUUCACCAGGUUAUGAUUCUCAUGGGUGAUCGGGGAAUUCCACAAGGAUGGAGACACAUGCACGGUUAUUACGGUCAUACUCUCAAAAUAGUCAACAAAAACGGUGAUUGGGUUUAUGCACAAUUCCAUGUUAUCUCUAAUCAAGGUAUCAAGACUUUCACAGAGGAAGAAGCUGCAAAAUUGUCUAAUGACUAUGGACAAAAGGACCUCUAUGAGGCGAUUGAAAAGGGUGAUCACCCAAGCUGGACUAUGAAAGUACAAACCAUGACCGCUAAAGAAGCAGAGGAUUUAUGGGAAAACCAAAAGAUUAACGUUUUUGACUUGACACACACAUGGCCACAAAAACAAUUCCCUCUCAGAACUAUCGGGAAAAUCACAUUGAACGAGAAUGCUAAAAACUACUUCGCCGAGAUAGAGCAGGCAGCGUACAACCCUGCACAUAUGGUGCCCGGUGUUGAGCCCUCCGCCGAUCCUGUACUUCAAUCAAGACUCUUUUCAUAUCCAGACGCUCACAGACACCGUAUCGGAGCCAAUUAUCAACAGCUGCCAGUGAAUGCACCUGUAUGUCCGUUCAGAAUGGCGAAUUUCCAACGAGACGGCCAAAUGGCAUUUUUCAACCAAGGCUCAAGACCGGCCUAUCUCUCUUCUAUCGAACCUAUCCAGUUCAAAGAAAGAGCGUACGAUUUGAACAAGGUUCAUGGUAAAUUCGUUGGAGAAGCAGUCUCCUUCUUGAGUGAAAUCAGACCUGAAGAUUUCAAUGCCCCUCGAAAAUUGUGGCAAGAUGUUUUCAGUGCGGAAUCAAAAGAGAGAUUCAUCCAAUCAGUCUCAGGUCACAUGAGUAGAUGUUCAGACAAAGAGAUCCUUAAAAGACAGAUCGCUAUCUUCAGAGAAGUCAGCCCAGAUAUUGCAGAAGGUUUGGAAAAAGCCACAGGCAUCAAAGGUUACGAAGGUAUCACGAAUAUGGGAUUCAAUGGUACACACAACGGUAUGGCCGAUAAAAAGAUUCCUGCCAACGGAAUGACUAUGGACAGCGAGGUAGUUUUCGAUAACGGAGCUCCAAGAUCUCAUCUCUAG